AUCAUUUUCCUUAGUCAUGGAUAAGAAAGAACAAGUUGUCCUGCAGAGUAUAUACAAGUUGAAGAAAAUGAAGAGUUAUCACACCAAAGAUGCCAUGCACGAAUUGAAAAUUAUAUGCGAUUACUCCUUUGAUGUUAGAGAAAAAAUUGGAGUAACAUUAGUUGAAAAAAAAGCUGCAGGUCUGUUUGUGAACAUUUUGAAAGAAUGUUUCAAACAUGGUUUCAUCGAGAAUGACAGUAUCUUACAUCCUGCAGAUUAUGCCGUAGACGCUGUGAUUAACUUCAGCGACGGUAGCAAUGAGUUUGCUACUUCUCUUGGAUUAGAGGGCAUGGUUAAGUUAUGUGUUGACAUCUUGGGCUCAUCUGCGUAUCAACAAAAAAAUCAUAAGUCAGAA